AAACUGUGCCUGAAAUUAGUAUUUUCUGAUACUUCAAGUGGCUUUCAGAAUUAUACCUGGACACAGUUUUUGUUGCUCAAUUUAACCUGCAGAGGAUGAGUUGUGUGAGUCUGAGGUCAUGCAGUAAACAUCUUUUAAAUUAACUGACCACCUAGAUUAGAAAAUAAGCUGUAAUAUGAAUACUUGUUUAGUUUGACCAAACAGGACAGCACCAACAGCAGUGCUGAAUAUGAGCUUUUUGACAGACUUUUCAAAUUAUUGACCUACAGAGGAUGAGUUGUGUGUCUGUGGUCAUGCAGUAAACAUCUGAAGUACUUGGAGUUCAGUGUCUAAAUCUGAGGUUCUGAACUGAGCAAUCAGUGCGUGAUGAUCAGCUGUGACACCCACAAGUGGAGAGAGGCAUUUAGUUAAUGAGGCAGAGGGAAGAGUCUCAGGGUUUAAAUAGCCUGUAGACUACCAGGCUUGAAAGCAACAAUGGAGUCCAGGCAGUUGUUUGUAUUUAGCUUUCUUCUUGCAUGUGUCAGUCUGGGUGAUGCGCUGCUGCAUGGUAUGAGACCACCAAGCUACUGGGGGACUGUGAUGCAGACCAAGUCACCAGUGAACCCUGUAAAAGAGCCCUUUAGUCUGUUUGCUAAGCCAGUCAACGGGUUCCAUUCCAAACGGAUACUGCCUGCAGCCAACCAACCCGAAUGGACGUUUCCAGAAGUUCCAAUGUCUCCAGUGAACAAGCAGCCUGUCCAGUUGAAAGUGCUGGAACCAGUGCCAUCCAGUCGGGUGGCUGUGAGGUGUGGGGAGAGUAAAAUCCAUGUGGAAGUGAAGCAGGACCUUCUGGGCAUCGGCAAGCUGAUAGAUCCAGAGGAGAUCACACUGGGUGGCUGUCCAGCUGCUGGUAUUGAUCACUUUUCUCAUGUGCUGCUUUUUGAAUCUGAGCUACAUCACUGUGGCAGCACCCUGGAGGUAUCCCAGGAUGGUGUCAUUUAUGCCUUCAAGCUGCUCUACCACCCCAAGAUGUGGGGCAUGAGUCCCAUCAUAAGGAGCCAAAGAACAGAGAUUGAUGUGGAGUGUCGCUAUACCUACUAAUCCCUGGAGCAGUUUUCAGAGACUCUGUUGGUCUCUGCUACAGUCUGUUUAUUGGCUAAUAUCAAUAAAAUGUUUACUUGAUCCUGA